GGCUCCUAUAUAUUCUCUCCUCUUCUGAGGUCUCAGCUUUUUAGCAUCUGAUUCUCUCAAAUCCGGUCAUACUUACUCCUACAUAAAACAUAUAUAUAUAUAUAUAUAUUGACACAUCAUAUGCAUUGAAAGUGCAUCGCAGGUUCGAUUUUUGGAACCCUAGCUCCCCCAAACCCACACACAGAUCGAAAAUGGCCGGUGGCAAAAAUCCCAAGGGCUCAUCCCACAAGCCCUCUUCUUCCUCCUCCCACCACCUCAAGUCCCGCUGGGAGUCCGGCAACAACCCUCCCUCCGACAAAAAACCCUCCUCCUCCGCCGCCGGAGACUCCAAGGCACCACCACCGCCACCCAAACCCUCCUCAAACCAGGCCACCCCAAAAUCCGCUCCCACCCCCAGCCCUAGCCACUCAAAACCACCCACCGACCCGACCCAUCAAUCCGGCCCCGGCCCCACCCAUCCCGGAGCUCCGCCGUCUUUCCCCGACGGUAUCGGCCCUCCUCCGCCUCCUGCUUACGGGUUUCACAUGCUGGAGCGGAGGUCGUUUGUUCUCGCCGAUGGUAGUGUCAGAUCGUACUUCGCUCUGCCGCCGGACUAUCAGGAUUUUACUCCACCGCCGCCUCGACCGGUGAUGCCUCAUGGCGGUCCGGAAUUAGGGUUAGGGUUUGGUAAGCGGUUCCCUCCUCUGGGUCCCAUGAGCCCUGAAUUUCGGGACCGUGAAGAUCUGUUCAUGCGUGAUCGGAACCGGGAUUACUGGAAUUCGCUAGGGCUUGAUGGGCGUGGUGGUGGACCAAUGCCGCAUCCGGAGAAUUCACUGAAGAGGAAGGGUGGGGAUGAGGGAGAAAGGGGGUGGAAAGAUGAGAGAGAAGGAAAAGAUGGGAACGAUGAAUUUGCUAGACAAAGGCAGCAGCUUUUACAAUAUGGGAAUGCGGGUUUGAAUCCAAAUGGAUAUCCGAUUGGUUUUGGGGAGAGGGGUGAGUUUGUAGCGGGAACUAGCAAUCCCUAUCCUCGGGAUGUGGCGGAUGUAGGUAGAGGUGAUGAAUUGAGGGCGUUGAAGUAUAUGAGAGUUGGUGGGGGUUAUGAGAAUUUUCAGGGUAGGCAAGCUGGUAUUGGGGGUGACAAUGUGAGUCAUAAGCAUAAUAAUGUUGAUCAAAGUGCCUUGAAAAAGGCAUUUUUGCAUUUUGUGAAGUUGAUUAAUGAGAAUGUGAGUCAGAAGAAGAAUUAUUUGGAAAAUGGGAAGCAGGCGCCUCUUCAGUGCGUCGCCUGCGGCAGGUCUUCUAAAGAAUUUCCAGAUAUGCAUGGUCUUAUCAUGCACACAUACAACUCAGAUAGAGCCGACUUGCUUGUGGAUCACUUGGGCUUACACAAAGCUUUGUGUGUUCUUAUGGGAUGGAACUAUUCAAAACCUCCUGAUAAUUUGAAGGCAUAUCAGUCAUUAUCUGCAGAUGAAGCAGCAGUGAACCAAGAGGAUCUGAUUAUGUGGCCACCCGUGGUGAUCAUUCAUAAUACAAGUACAGGAAAAGGUAGAGAAGGGCGUGUGGAAGGUUUGGGAAACAAAGCAAUGGAUAGUAAACUUAGAGAUCUUGGAUUCGGGGGUGGCAAGUCGAAGUCCUUAUACGGAAGAGAUGGUCAUCUCGGCAUUACUCUAGUUAAGUUUGCUGGUGACCAAUCAGGCUUGAAGGAGGCUGUGAGGCUUGCAGAAUUCUUUGGGAAAGAAAACCAUGGGCGAAGGAAUUGGAACCACGUACAGUCCUUGGCAUCAGGCAAGGAUGAGGAAAAUAAUCCAAACCUUGUGAAGGUGGACGAGAAGACGGGAGAGAAGAAGAGAAUCUUUUACGGCUAUCUUGGAACCGUUGUUGAUUUGGACAAGAUGGACUUUGAGACGAGGAAGAAGGCUGUGAUUGAGAGCAGGAGGGAGUACAAGCCAACCAAGUAGAGCCUAGUAACAAGAGAACUAGGUAUUGAAUUGUAUCUUAAAUAUACUUUUGGUUUAGUAUAUGCAACUUUGAUGUCCAUUUACAUGGUGGAUAUGAAUUUGAUUGAGAAUGAAAGGUGGCUUAGUGUAAUUUGGGUUGCAGAUAACUUUUGAUGUUGAACAGGUAGACAGCUUGUGCAAAUGCAUGUUGUGUUGUUUUGUUUCUGAG